AUGAAGUUCUAUAUCGAUGACCUUCCGGUCCUCUUCCCAUACCCCAAGAUCUAUCCUGAGCAGUAUGCGUAUAUGGUAGACUUGAAGCGGACCUUGGAUGUCAAAGGACACUGUGUGCUAGAGAUGCCCUCAGGCACAGGGAAAACUGUAUCUCUUCUAAGUUUGAUUGUCAGCUACCAACGUUUUUAUCCAGGGAGCCGAAAAUUGGUAUAUUGCUCACGAACCGUGCCAGAGAUUGAGAAGGCACUGGCCGAGUUGAAACGAUUGAUGGCGUAUCGUGCAAAGUACAAUACGGCGGCAAAGGAUGCGGAUGGGGGCGAGCCGAUGGAUGUCGAUGUGGACCAGGCCGAAGGACAGAUGGAAGAUAUCCUGGCCGUGGGUCUGAGUAGCCGCAAAAACAUGUGUGUCCAUCCCGUCAUCAGCCAGGAACGCAAAGGCAAGGUCGUAGAUGCACGAUGUCGAGAUAUGACAAGUUCGUGGGCCUGUGAAAAGGGCCGUCAAAACCCAGGGUCGGUGGAACUGUGUGACUUCCAUGAAGAGCUAGGCAAGCUGGAGCCUGGGCAUCUCAUUCCACCAGGUGUAUGGACCAUCGAGGAAGUGAAGGAGUAUGCACGCGAUAAAGGGAUAUGCCCUUAUUUUGCAGUGCGACGUAUGAUGCCGUUUUGUGACAUCAUCAUUUACAGUUUCCACUACUUGCUGGACCCCAAAGUGGCCGAGCAAGUGAGUAAGGAACUAAGUAAGGAUGCUAUUGUUGUAUUUGACGAGGCCCACAAUAUUGGUACGUAUACUCUGUCGCUCAUCAAAGACAACGUGUGCAUCGAGUCCUUGAGCAUUGAUUUAACGAGACCGAUUUUGGACAAUGCCUAUCGCUGCAUCAACCAGCUCGCGGAAAAAGUGGAUGAGGUGAAAAAGGUAGACGCAGCCAAGCUACAAGAUGAAUACCUGCGUCUUGUUGAAGGUCUACAACAGCAAAGCGACGAUCGAGAGGCAGAGACGUUCAUGGCGAACCCCGUGUUGCCAGACGACCUACUCCAAGAAGCUGUGCCAGGCAACAUUCGUCGUGCAGAGCACUUUGUGGCGUUCCUGCGCCGCUUUGUGGAGUACCUCAAAACGCGUAUGCGCGUCCUUCAUGUGGUGGCGGAGACGCCCGCUAGCUUUUUGCAGCACUUGAAAGAAAUUACCUUUAUCGAGCGGAAACCACUGCGUUUCUGUGCAGAACGUCUUCGUAUGCUGGUACAGACGCUCGAGCUUACGCGUAUUGAUGAGUACUCGGCACUGCAAACUGUGGCUUUCUUUGCUACGCUGGUCUCCACGUACGACAAGGGAUUCUUGCUCAUUCUAGAGCCCUUCGAGACGGACCAUGCGACAGUACCCAACCCCAUCUUCCAUUUCACAUGCCUGGAUGCCAGCUUGGCUAUUGCGCCUGUGUUUGAGCGCUUUAGCAGUGUGAUUAUCACAAGUGGUACGAUCAGCCCUUUGGAUAUGUACCCGAAAAUGCUCCGCUUCGAUACAGUGGUGCAAGAGAGCUAUACCAUGACACUGACACGUCAGUGUUUCCUGCCCCUAGUCAUCACGAGAGGAAGCGAUCAAGUGGCUAUCAGCUCACGAUUUGAAGUACGAAACGAUCCCUCUGUGGUACGAAACUACGGCAAUAUUCUCAUUGAAUUCUCGCGUACGAUCCCUGAUGGUAUCGUAGCUUUCUUCCCAUCCUAUUUGUACAUGGAGAGUAUUGUGGCUGCCUGGCACGAUAUGGGCAUUUUGGAUGAGGUUUGGAAGCAUAAGCUGAUUUUCAUUGAGACGCCGGACGCGCCGGAAACAAGUAUUGCCUUGGAAAACUACCGACGGGCAUGUGACAAUGGCCGAGGUGCUAUCUUGCUCUCGGUAGCACGAGGGAAAGUGUCGGAAGGCAUUGAUUUUGACCAUAACUAUGGACGAGCUGUGGUCAUGUUUGGUGUGCCGUACCAAUAUACCGAGUCGCGUAUCUUGAAAGCUCGACUGGAGUUUUUACGCGACAAUUUCCGCAUCAAAGAGAACGAUUUCCUCACCUUCGACGCUAUGAGGCAUGCGGCGCAGUGUGUAGGACGUGUUCUGCGUGGAAAGUCUGAUUAUGGACUCAUGGUGUUUGCCGACAAACGUUUUGCGCGAUCUGACAAGCGUGCCAAGCUGCCCAAAUGGAUUGCACAAUACAUCGAGCCGGUAUUUAGCAAUCUCUCGACAGAUAUGGCGAUUGUCGAGAGCAAGAGGUUCAUGCGAUCUAUGGGACAGCCUUAUCCCGAAGGCAAGAAUGGGAUCAGUUUGUGGGAUGUCGAAGAUAUUGAGCGUCGCCAACUAAAAGAGCGCGAAGCGUUUGAGCGUCUCAUGCAGCAGGAGUCGGACGAGUGGGUGGAGAAGCACAAGACAGAAUUGGCGUCGGGCCAUGAUAUGGAUUUACAAACUAUGCACACACUAGCAGACGACUUUGAUCAAGAAUUUGGUACAGGCAUGGACUUGGUGGCUGUGGAUGUGCCAUAG